CAUAAAAAUAGUGGAACAGAUUAAGCCGAAAUGAGUGCAGUGCAGUUACACAUCUCCUCCAAUUAUUACCUCCGUUCUAGAUCUCUAUAUAACCGCUUUCCAUAUUCCCAUUCAUAUCCAAAACCACCUCCUCCUCCUCCUCCUAUUCUACACUUCACUACUCUUAUCAUCUCUACAAUGAUUUCCACCUCAUUCCGUCAAUCGCCACUGCCGAUGGCGGCCAAUAAGUUUCCCUCCGGCGAGAAUCCUCUGCUAUCAUCACCGUCGUGCGUCAGAUUCCGGCAACAAUCUAGUUCCUCUUCCAUUGCCGCGACCAGCUGCGCUUCUGUUGCCAGGUGCGUGCCAUUAUCCGCUUCUCCAGCUUCGUUCUACGAAAUUCUGGGAAUUCCGAUGGGCGCUACGAUGGAGGAGAUCAAGGCUGCGUAUAGGAGAUUAGCUAGAGUUUGCCAUCCUGAUGUAGCUGCAAUUGAUCACAAGGAGGACUACGCAGAGGAGUUUAUGAAGAUUCAUGAUGCUUAUUACACUCUAUCCGAUCCUGAUAAGCGUGCUGAUUAUGAUCGGCUUCUUUUUAGAAGGCGACGGAGUGGUAAUUUGUAUUCUGGAUAUACUUGCCGGAACUGGGAGACCGAUCAGUGCUGGUAGCAGUUCCGUUUGAUAUUGCUUUAUUCUCUUUGUUGUACAUUUUGUGAGGGACAAAAACAAAUAGGGAUUGGAGAAAAGAAAAAAGAAAAGAAUGGCAAAUGGAAAUGGCUUGAUUUUCUGGGUUCUUUUUUUUUUUUUAAUAAGAAAAAAUAUUUAGGAGCUUUUACUGGAGUAAUUUGUAGUUUUGUAUAUGCAGAUUUGUAUAGUAUUAGUGGACUGAUUAUUGAGAUUUUAUUCAAUCCUCAGAAUUACAGUCAUUUAAUGAUAUUUAUUAGUACUACUACUACAGCA